ACUGUCAGAGCGCACACUUCCUCACCUUUCGUUUUAACAACCUGAUAGACCGCCUGUCUUCGCUGAACUUCCUGUCCAUAACUAUGGCCUGUUUAAAGAUUUUCUUCCUUUUAUUGAUUCAUAGGAGUUAUGUAUUCUGGAUAUUAAUCUUGUUUUAUAUAUAUAUAUAUAUAUAUAUAUAUAUAUUUUUUUUUUUUACCAUCACUUUGUUGGUAUCUGUUCAUGGAAAUUGGUAUACCCACCUCAGAUGGGGGUUUGGGAAUAUCUAUUAAAAUUUAGAUGAGGGCCAAUAAUUUGAUUUCUCUGUAGCCAUCUAGAGAAAUACCCACAUAUACAAAGAUAAGUUACUUACAGAGACAUCUACAGAGCUGUGCUAUAAUGUAAGGAAGAAAGGAAGUAAGCUAAGUGCUGUGCUCCCUGCUAGGGAAAGGAUUAAAUUCUGGUACAUGUGUCAUUGGAGUGCAGUGUGAGACUAACAUGGAAAGUGUGCUGAGGUGCAGUCACAGUAUGAUGCCUCUUCAGACCUGUCUAUGGAAACCUGUAUGUACGUACACAAAAUUACAGGAAAAAUGUUGAUAUAUAUUACACUGGUACCUGGGGUGUCCCUUGGUCUGCUGUGGUGAGAGUGGUUUGUCAAGUGCAUCUUGAGCUUUAUUGGUUAUGUUUCAGUUUUUUACAAGGAGUAAUUUUUUGUAAGAAUUAAUACCAAUUUCCUGUGGAAGAAACUAGUUUUCUGGUGAGAAUUUCAGAUGAAGCGUGUUGAAGAUGCCCUUGUCCUUGAAUGUUGAAGAAGAGUUUUAGAGUCGGCAGAUAGAGACCAAAGCCAAAGUCUGUCUUGUCUUUCUUACCCUCACUCUAGUCUAGGCUGCUCUCCCUUUUCAUAACCAAAGGCAAGAAAUCACCUUUGACAAAAACCCCUGACACAUAAGGACUGAGUUUCUUUUAAAAGCUCUGGGUUCCCUAAGUCUCAGAACUUGGAUGUAUUUACUGAGAAGACAGCUGUGGGUGGAACCAUUCCCAGCCCUUUGGGGCCUUGGGCUGUCCUUGACCUGUACUUCUCCCUCCCUCUUGUUCUGGUCAGCCCUGCUCAUAUAGUUCCAGUUUGGGAGUCUUAUUUACUAUCAGAUUUCCUUUCAAAGGUCAAGGCAGAAUUCAAGGCCCAGCUGGGUGAAGGGCAUGCUGGGCAUCUUAAAUGAGGAAGUUUGACUUUGGUGGCUUGAGACAGGUUGAUUUGUGACUAGAUUAAUGGCUAACAUUCCGUACUUGGACCCGGAGAGGGUCUCAGUCCAGCUUCUCUGUGGGAUGGCACGCUCCCUGCCCAGGAGAGCAUCAGGUAGGGACCUGCAUGUGUGGGGCAUGGAAGGCUUUUCAAGAGGCAGGGGCUGCUGAUGACAGGCUGGACUUGGCUCCUGGCCGUGGUGUAGUUUAAUACACUGGCUCUCGGAGUGGUGAGGGAGAAGUGGGGGGCGCCUGGGCAAGGAAAGCAAAAGUAUGGAGGGCAGCCUUGAAGCUGGGAGUGGGGAAGUUGCUUGAAGCCUGAUCUCCUGUAGGUGCCAUGCGGAUUCCUGCCGCAGAUGUCAGCCUCUUGGGCCUUUCCUUCCCAAGGUCCUCUCUAGGAUUCUGGCUUCCUUUGGUUAGAAUAGGCUGGCUGGGUCUUUCAGGGUCUCAGGCACCUAGACCUGUGGCAACAUGGAGGCUCACGCUCGACUUUUUUCUAGUGGCCCAGGCACCCCUGGCCACACAUUGGCCGAAUUACUCCUGAGCAGGUGUAGGGGAUGGCACAGGUGCAGGAGAGUGGGUGUCUGAGGCUGCACCUCAUGCAGCUCAAAGCAGCUCCUGCCUUCAGCGGGCUGCACGCCCACACUGGUAUUUUGGUCAGCGUUACAGAACCACUGAGCUAUCUGGCCCGGGCACAAGCCCCUGGCCUGCCCUGCCCCCAGGAGCCAGCUCUCCUGUAAAAGGGCUGAGCAGCUCAGCUCCUCUCGCUGGGGGCGUGAAGAGCAGGGGGGGCGGGGGACCAUGGACGUCCUCAGCAUCCAGCAGUUGGUACGUGGAGACAGAGUUGGAAACAAAGUGUCGGGAUGUGGACAUGGAGUUCCUGAUCCUGGAGGCGGGCCUGGGGUCUGGAGGCUGGGAGCCCAAGAGGCCGUGGCCCGGGAGCGGUGGAAACUGGGAGAAGAGAAGAAAGCACUUGAGAGAUUUAACAGCUCCAGACUGAAUCUGGAGACUCUGGCUGACCUGGAAAACGGUUCAAAGAUGGGGGGGGGGGAGAGGUGACUGAAAUGCAGAGUCCCCCCUAGGGCAUGUGAGCCCGUGGUUAAGCCGCAGCCCCAGGCCCAGCCGGAGUCUGUGGGCCUGGAGAUGCUCCUGAAGGCAGCUGCCGAGAGCUGGGAGGCCCUGACUGGCAAGUACCUGAUAGAUGGAAGGGACCCCAGUGCCCAUGACAAGCUGCACCACGCCGCCUUGCACCGGGCCUGUCCGAAGGGUCACGGCCAGCUCAUGACCAAGCUGGUGGAGGCAGGUGCCGCCGUGGACACUCGCGACUUGCUGGACAGGACGCCGGUGUUCUGGGCCUGCUGUGGGCGACACCUGGACAUCCUCAAACAGCUGCUUAACCAGGGAGCCCAGGUCAACGCCCGCGACGGUGCGGGACGCGCUGCUGCGGGGUGGCCUGUUCCCAGGGAAGAGAAAGCACAGCCCCUUGGUGUUGCAAGGUGGCCUCCCCCUGGGGGGGGUGACAGGAAUUCUCACCCCUUAGAUCUGGAGCACCCCCCCCCCCCCCCGCACAUGGUAGUGUGCAUGAGACACUGUGACUGCCUGGAGCAUCGUCGCAUGUGGACCCACACUGAUGCCCAGGACGAAGCAGGUGCUUGCUGUUUGGUUUGGGUCUGCUCCACCAGGGGAUGGGGACUCAGGGAGCCUGAGCUCGGCGACCGCUCGUGCCCACUGGACCCUGCAGUGGGGGCGGUGUCAGGAGGAGGAGCCCCCUUUCCCCAAAGGAAGGGUACACAGCUGCAUGAGGCUGCGUGGCAUGGCCACUACAAAGCCACGCGGGUGCUGCUGCUCUGUAGGGCCAGGCUAAAAAAACUGAUCCAGGGCCCUCAUUCGCAAGCUUCGGGGACCCCAGUGCAGCUGGUGCAAGACGGGCAGCAGGGCGUCCGGGAAGCACUGCAGGCCCCCCACGGGACACCCUUGCACCCGGUCCUGCCGCCCGCAGUCCCGCAGGGUCACUUCUCAGCCACCAUUCCACCCUCUUCACCGCCCCCUCCCCCCCGGCAUGCCCUCACGGUUGGUCGUCCGCACCCCUCUGUGGUCCUCAUCCCUCUGGCCAGCCCCGCCCAGCAGGUGACAGAGGGUGGGCGAGGACUUGCUCCCCGCUGCGCUGUGCACCAGGAAGGGCUGACACGGGGAACCCCAGGGAAGCCGGACACAAAGUGGGUCCCCAGCAGCCCAGGUUGGAGCAACACCGAAGAGUCCUAAGCCUCAAGCUGCCCAGGGCUGGGCGCUCGAUGUCCCCCCCCAACAAUCCUCCGCCUUGGGCGACUCGGCCCCUCCCUCCACAAGGGCCAGUUUCCCGCCCAGUGGGGCUUCAGCCUGCAGCCGGCAGCCGGCAGCCGCCAUCCAGGCCACACGGCUAUGGGGCAUGCCCGCAGCUGGCCGAGGCCCUCGGGGCAGGGCUUUCGCUGGGGACUCCACUGCCAGCAGCAGCAAGCCUGAGAGCCAGUGGAGUGGCUGCAGCCAGCUCGGGCUUUACAGCUCCCGGAGUUGGGUGUGGCAGGCUGGAGGGGGUGCCCGACAGGGUUGAGGCCCCACUGUAGCACCCGCCCAGUACCAGCAUGGUUGCCUCAGAAGCCAGAGCUCUCGUUUAUUUUCCGGAAACUUCGUGCCUACGUCUGCAGGCCUUGGUCAGCCUGCCUGCCACUCUCUAGCUGGCUAGCUGAUGGCGCCCCUUGCAGGGGUGACAUGCCUGGGAGCUGGGGAUUGCUUGUGGCCCACCUAACUUUUGGGGUGGCGGCCCGCAACCCUCCUUUGCCCCAGGCAACGUCACCCUAGCAGUAGAGCCUGAGCUCUGGCCUGGGCCACGCGGCCGCACCUGCUCGGCCCUGGAGGGGAAGCAGAGAGCGAGCAGCACCCCUCCCGCUCCCCCCUCGGCUGCGUGGUGGUGGGUUUAGGACCCAGCCGCACACAAGUUCUCCUCACGCUUCCUUCCCCUUACCGCCUUUUCUCUUUCAUGCUGUGCUGGCGGCUGGGUCCUGAACUGGCACAAAGUGAGUUUUAAGGAACUCUGCCCCAAAUGGAGAACCACAGGCAGAGACACCAGCUGAUGAAGGGUCAGCCUCCCUCAUGUACAUAAAGUACCUGGAUGGACAUCCAUUUUGCAGCAGUUCUUUCUAGUCUAACGCUGGUGGCCUUCUUAGGCCAAGCACAAGGCUAUUCCAUGUGAAAAAGCGACUACAGCCCCCAUACACCUCUUGCCACGUGCAGCUCCAGCCCUGCAGGGGAAUUGUGGUGACAGUUCACCCCGGUGCUUGGAGCCAUAGGAGAAACAGGUGUUCAAGUUCAUGGAGAAGACAACUCUCCAUCUAGAAGAUGGAGGCCUUUUAUACAGUUCAUUUUUUGUUCAUUAAAACUGUUGACUAUCCAUCACAGCCUAGUUGUCUGUUCUGUGCUGGGCGGUGGGGGCAGCUCAUUAGGCCCAGGACCUGGUCUUCCUCAGCAGCAAAAGCUCAACCUGUUAACCAUACUGGCCUGACAGCAAGACAGGCCCCCAAGUGCAGAGUCGGGAGUCCAGGCACUUGGCUCUUUGUGCUCAAGGCAUCUCUCCGCUCGUUGACGGUCAAGUUCAAAGAGCAGUGGUUCUCAGCCUUGGCUGCUUAACACAAUCACAAGGAAGGUUUUAAAAGACCUGAUGUGCAAGCUAAUUAAAUCAGUGUCUCUAGGGGUGGGACCCAGGUAUCCCCAUCAUCAUGCAGACGACAUGGAGGAAAUCCUUAGGAAUCUACAAAAAACACCUAGAAUAAGGGAGUUCAGCAAGAUCUCAGGAUAUAAGAUAAACCUACAAAGACGUAUUUCUACAUAUUAGCGAUGACUACAUGAACACAAAAAUUAAAAGCACAGUACCACUUAAAGUUGACUUUAAAAACAAAAUACUUAGAUGUAAAUCUAACACUUAAGGACUUGUAUGUUGAAAACUGCAACACACCAAUGAAUGAAAUCAAAGAUGACAAAUAAAUGAGAGACAUACCUUGUUCGUGGAUUGGAAGUUGAGAUCUAGUAAAGAUGUCAAUUCUCCCCAAAUUGAUACACAGCUUUAAUGC